CACAGGUCACUCGAGGCACGGUUCACUCGGGAAAAACACUUCGUGAAGAUGGCGGGGUUCAUCUUAACGUGGGCCUUCAAUGCCCUGCUCUUCCUCUUUUUUGGACUCUUCCUCGCUUUCCUGUGCUACUGCGUGUACAUUAAGUACAUCCACAUGAAGUAUGACCACAUACCUGGGCCGCCGAGAGACAGCUUCCUGUUCGGUCAUAGUGCGGCGAUGACACGAGCUCUGAAAAGUGGCGAGGUUUUAAACGACACGUUCUUGCAAUGGGCUCAGACAUACGGACCUGUGUUCAAAAUAAACGCCAUGCAUUACGUCAUGGUUUGGACUCAUUGCCCUGAAACAGUAAAGAAAAUUAUAAUGUCUCCGAAAUACCCCAAACCUGAAAGCGCUUACGCGAGACUGGCGAGUUUAUUUGGUGAAAGGUUCUUGGGCAACGGUAUGGUGACAGAAACGGACCACGAGAAGUGGUACAAGCAAAGGCGGAUAAUGGACCCUGCCUUCAGCAGCUCGUAUCUGAGAGGACUGAUGGGCACCUUCAAUGACCAAGCGGAGAAACUGAUGAGCAAACUCAGUGAAGUGGCUGAGAGCCAAUGUGAAGUCAGCAUGCUCCACCUGGUCAACUGCGUCACACUGAAUGUCAUCGCAAAGGUUGCCUUUGGCAUGGAGUUAGACCUCCUGAAAGGAAACUCAGCUUUCCCUGACGCCAUCACCACCUGCCUCAAGGGGAUGGUCCACCACACGCGAGAUAUGUUUUUCCAGUUAUAUCCUGGGAACAGAGCCUUUAUCAAAAAAGUGCGGGAAGCCUGUCGCCUGCUGCGAGUCACCGGUGCCAAGUGUAUCCAAGACAGAAAGGCUGCCAUGCAAAACGGCGAGGACGUUCCGAACGACAUCCUGACGAAAAUCAUCGAGACUGCCGGCCUAGAAAGCACAACCAAGGAAGAUGAAGAGUCGAUGGUGGACAAUUUUGUUUUUCAUUAUGUUGCAGGACAAGAGACGACAGCCGGCCAACUAGCCUUCUGCAUCAUGGAGCUGGGUCGACAUCCCGAAAUCCUGCGGAAAGUCCGGAAAGAGGUGGACGACGUCAUUGGGUCGAAGCGCGACAUUAGCUAUGAAGACCUCGGACAGCUGGGUUACCUAUCUCAGGUGCUGAAGGAGGUUCUGAGGAUGUACCCGAAUGUGCCGGGCACGUCUCGGGACAUAAAGGAGGACAUGGUCAUCAAUGGUCUACACAUUCCUGGAGGAUUCAUGUGCAUCUUGGAUUCCUAUGUUGCUGGAAGACUGGACAAGUUCUUCAAGGACCCACUGGUGUUUGACCCGGAUCGAUUUCACCCAGACGCCCCGAAGCCAUAUUAUUGCUACUUCCCCUUUGCCCUGGGUCCUCGCUCCUGUUUGGGACAGAACUUUGCUCAGAUGGAGGCGAAAGUGGUGAUGGCCAAGCUGCUGCAGAGAUUUGACUUUACCUUGACUCCGGGACAAACGUUUGACAUCCUGGACACUGGAACCCUGAGACCGAAGGGCGGAGUCAUGUGUCAUGUUAAACCCAGACAUCCCAACAUGUAACUUCUGUUGGCCUGGUCUAGAUCCUCAGUAAACAAGUGACAGACAUCACAAUUUUUUUUUUCCAAUAAAAAUAUUUUCACUCAGUUUACCCAGUUAUGUGUAGAUCAUAUGCAGGGUGUAUUUUAAUAAGUUCAUUUUUAAAAAGCCAAUGACAAAACAUCUUCACUAAUGUUCAUAUUUCUGUCCAAUA